AUCCAAAAGGUAGGAAUUAUGAUGUUUUCUAAGAUACUGCAUCUUCUUUUCGCUCUCAUUUGUGAAGAAAGAAAUCCCAUAAUGCAAUCCAAAGAUCUCAUUAAAAAUACUGAGAAGUAUCUUUAAAUCUAAAUCCAUUUGAGUUAUGAUGUUGGCUUAGAAGGCAGCUGGCAGCUUACUAGAUUUAGGAACGUUGUUUCACAUGGUGCUCUUUAGUAAAAACUGUCCUCAGUCUUUCUUCUAAAGUCUUGCCACUCUGUGUCUAAAUGCUUUUAUGAAGAGGUUUCAUCUGAAGUUUUUUUUUCCCUUCUGUGUGACAAUUAUGUGCAAUUAGACAAAUCUCCUAUAGCUUCUUAAACUUCAAAUGGAAGGAGGACCAGCAAAUCUUGAUCUUCAUUCUUGAGUGCUUUUCACUUUCAAGGAGCUUUAAGUCCCUGAUUUUGAGGACCGACCCAUUAUUGGAGUCACACAGAGAUCAUUCUUGCCCAGCUACAGUAGUUUCCACACUUGACUACUUCUUCAAAUUUAAGGUGAUCGUCUAUAAAACGAAGAAUUGUUACAGGUACUGCGUUCUGUGAUUGAAAUGCAUUUCCUAUGACAGCUGCACACAAUAUAACAGAACAGAAAUGUUAUGUUUUUGUCAAAAUUUUGAUUUUGUGAAAUUCACUACAUUUUGAGAAUCAAAAACAUUGGAAAUGAUUAUAUUCUUGUUUUGAAGUAAAUAGAGUUUUUUUAAUUGAAUAACUCAUGCAUGAAGGUUAAGGUUCAUGGAACCACUAUCAAGACAUUUAAAGUCUGUGAUGUCAGUUCAUCAUAUCAGCAAAUAAAGGUUUUAUGUGGCCACUUCCAAUAAAAAGGGUGUGGCUGAUGGUUAUUACAGAGUGUUGAGACAAACACCUGAACCUCAGCAGAGAGCAGUCGCUUUCUUUGAUUCAAAAUUUAAGACGUCAUUUUAAUUUGCUGAAAAAUAAACAAAAAUGUGAUCUGAACUGCACCAAUAUGGUAAGUCAAAAUUUUCUGUAAUAGAAUAAUACAUUCCUUUUUUUUUUUCAGUUAUUUAUGGUUAUAUUGCAAAUAUUUUCUUUCUUUUUUUCAGGUGUCUCGGCACAUAUUUCUGUUGUGUGGGAUAUUCCUUGGAUUUGUCUUUGUUCAGCUACUCAUGAGUGUUAGAUUUGACCUACUAGCAUAUCCACAUUGCCUUUCCUCUCAAGCUAAGAGUCAUGCAUGGAAAAAGAAUGAUGAGCUGGCGCAGUCCCUGUUUUCCCGUGUGCGUGUGUUGUGUUGGAUCAUGACGAGGCCUGAAAAUCUUUUGAAGAAGCUCCAGCAUAUUCGUGCCACCUGGGCUAAACACUGUAACCAGGUUCUGUACAUGAGCUCGCAGAGCUCCGACUUCCCCACCGUGGGGCUGAACGUCAGCGAGGGCCGAUCGCAGCUGUACUGGAAGACCAUCCCCUUUCAGUACAUCCAUGCCCACCACCUGCAGCACGCCGACUGGUUCCUCAAAGCCGACGACGACACGUUUGUGGUGGUGGAGAACCUGAGAUACCUGCUCUCCCAGCAUGACACAGAGAAGCCUGUUUACUUCGGCCACAGGUUCCGGCCGUUUGUCCCUCAGGGUUACAUGAGCGGAGGAGCCGGGUACGUUCUGAGCCGAGAGGCCCUCAGGAGAUUUGUGCAAGGCUUCAGUACGGGACGCUGCGAGCAUUUCAGCUCCGUGGAGGACAUGGCCUUGGGCAGGUGCAUGGAGACCAUGGGAGUGAAGGCCGGGGAUUCAAGAGAUCGGAAUCAACGGGAAACCUUUAAUCCCUUUAGACUGGAAAAUCGCCUCAUUCCCCCGGAGAAUGGAAAACAGGUUUGGGGCUACAGUUACUACAAAUCCAGACGGGGUCCUGACUGCUGUGCAGAUUUUGUGAUCUCGUUUCAUUACAUGCGGCCUGCAGACAUGUACAUGCUGGAGUAUUUCACUCAUCACCUGCGACCAUUCGGAUACAAGUACAGAUUCAAUGCUAGUCAUGAACUAAACAGCACCAGUGAGCUUAAACACACUUAAAACCACAA